GCGGAAGUAGAAACAGCGGAAGAUUCAAAAUGAAGAUGGCGGCCGACAACAACAACCACAACUUGGACAAACGCGCUUCGAAAUCCAACGUGUUUAAUAUCCACGAAAGGACCUUGUCGAGCCAGCCAGUCAUCUUUAAUCCGGACUUUUUUGUGGAAAGGCUGCGGCACGAGCAUCCCCAGGAAUUCACCGACCUGGUUCUCAGUAACAUCACCCGCCUCAUCGACCUGCCCGGGGACGAGUUUUCUCAGCUCAGUGGGGAAGCUGAACCCAGACUGCCCUCUUCUGCUGGAGGCUUCCUGCGCUCCCUCAACUUUCUGAAACGGAAAGAAAAAGGCCUUGUUUUUGGAGCACCAUUGACUGAAGAAGGAAUAGCACAGAUCUACCAACUCAUUGAAUAUUUAAGCAAAAACCUUCAUGUGGAGGGUUUGUUCCGUGUACCAGGUCACAGCCUUCGGCAGGCGGCCCUCAGAGAGAUGCUGAACACUGGAGCGGAGAUUGAUCUGGAGACUGGUGACUUCCACCCAAACGACGCUGCCACUCUGCUCAAAGCUUUCCUGGGAGAACUUCCAGAGCCCCUGCUUACUCACAGGCACUAUCUCGCUCACCUAAAGAUUGGAGAGUUGACUCGCUUUGAUGAACAGGGGAAUAAGACCACCACUCCAGAUAAAGAGCGCCAGAUCGAGGCAUUUCAACUGCUCUUCAUGCUGUUGCCACCAGCCAACCGCAGCCUAUUGAAACUACUACUUGACCUCCUAUACCAUACAGCCCGUAAUCAACAUGUGAACAAGAUGUCUGCCAUCAAUCUGGCCACAAUGUUUGCACCGCACAUCAUCUGGCCCAAAAAUGUUACAGCAAGUGAUCUACAAGGAAACAUUGAGAAACUAAAUAAAGGGGUGGCAUCUCUCAUUCGAUACUCGCAAAAAUUAUUCAAGGCACCUGUUUAUGUCAAAGAAUAUGCCCGAUUAUUCUUCACUGGAUCAACAGCACUUAAACCAAAUGAUGACAUGACUCUUUGUUCCGGAGCUAAAAAUGGGCCUUUAGCUGCUGUGCCACUUUCAACCCCAACAAAAAGGAGUGGGCCAGAGGUCAGCGACACGGAGCAUCAGAACUACACCCAGUCAGCACUGAGGGAGCUCUACCAGCAAGUCAACAAGAUGCCCGAGUCUGCUAAGAAGAAAAAACUCAUCAAACAGUUUGAGAAGCCGCUGCAAAGUCCUUCAGAGUCAAGGGCCCCUUUCUGCCGGAGACAUUGGCGCUCACGCUCUUUGGGAGAAAAAAUUAAGAGGAAAGUGCUGGGAAGCCAGAUACUAACUGACAAAGAAAAUGGGCAUCUAAAAAGUCGCCACUCAAGCACGUCUGAGGGUUCCCCCAGAGCCAUAAAUGAGACGGAUUGAGAUGACUGAAGACCCUUCAGUCUAAUUUUCUGAGCUUUCAAAGGAUUUCCUCAGGUGUUUUGGCAAGAAGCGGAAAUUUUAAUUUCAUCGUGAGCUUGUCUGUAAAGCUUAUGAAAACUGAAAUCUGUCAUUUUUAUGACAGAUUGGGUUUCAUUGGGUUACGAAAUCCCAAAGGUCUGACAAAAAUAUAUUUAUAUUCAUCAGAUCAUCAGAAAAUGUUUAUACUGUGCUUUCCCGCCAUUGUGAAGGUUACUUGAAAGUCACUUUUUGUUUGUAGUAAUGACCACAUAUGCAAAAUAUUGUAAUAUAUAUUAUUUAAAAGCAAAUGCCAAAAUACAUAAAGCCACACCUUUUGUUACUUUUAUACAACAGACCUUUGGUGCAAUUGAAACAUUAAAAUGUGCCUUAAAAUAAUCCAUUUCAAGUGACUUAAGAUUUUGUGUGUGUUUGACAGAAUUAGUUAAAAAGACACACCAUGAUUACAAGCUGUUUGGGAUGAAUACUUUGAGUUUUAUUCUGUGAAGUUAUGAACUACUGUUUUUUUUAUGUAUUUUACUCAUCUUUUAAAACUUUUCCACAGCCUGCUUUAUGCAUUAUUGUAGUUUUUGUAAAUAUGAGCCCUUUUUGUGCAAUGCAACAUAGCAUGUAUAUUUUUAUAUGCUUUUGGCAUUUUUUCAUUUUUGUUCAAGACCAAUGGAAAUUUGUUACUUUGUUGUGGUUCUUGACAAUAUUCCUUCCUGACCACUGAACUGGACUGAUCAGUUUCCUUCUGUUACUAUUAUUUUGAUAAUGAGCCGAGUCUUUUCAGAGACUAUACACUGACUGAUACUACUGUGCUAUGCAAACCAGCCAGCCAUUAAAAUCGUGACAAGC